AAGAUAACGCGUUAGAAUACUGUAACAUUUCAAAUAAAUAUAAUAUCAUCGAUCUGCCUCGAAAGCAUUAGAAGCUAUAUAUUUUGGGAAUGUAGGUUUAUGAUCAAGUAUAUUAUGGCCUCCUGUGUUAAAGACAAUUUCUUGAACAAUUAAAAAACAUAUCUUUGGAACGUAUAACAUAGGAAACGCUUGUAGUCUAAAAGAGAUUUUUUUUUUGUUUUUUUUUUGUUUUUUUUUUUUUGUUUUUUUUUCGUUUUUUUUUUUUAAUCAAAAUAGAUAAGGGUUAUAGAAGGCAUUAAAUCAAAAUGAUUGUAGCAUUAACAGAAAAGAAGAAUUCUAAAGUAAAUGAGCCGAACGAAUAACUUGGGCCAGUCCUGUACCUACCCACACUCGUUUGAACGUUGGUCGGGCUAUACCCUUGUUAGAAAACAGUUACCUUCCUACCCAAGCGUAUUUCAUACGAAAGGAGAACCUCACGUUUAUCGAUUUAGAAUUGAUAUUCGGUUCUAAUGUUGGAAUUAUCGGACGCCGAAGCGCCUGCUUAUGCUAAAAAGUAAAAAGUUUCGAAGAAAAAUAAUAAUCAAAGACGAUAAAUCGUGAUCGUGAUUUUCAAUAGGUAAAGCUUUGUGCAGCUGUGCUUGCCUGUAACGAACGAGGAAGAAACGCUGAGCCAAGUGGUCGUGGAGUGGGGAGGUAGGAACAAUAUGUCUACUACCAAUUCGAGCCGCUUGAGAACGAUUCCGUUCAGCUUGGAUUUAUUAAAGGUGCAAUGUGGGAUGAUUAUGGGAACAAUAAUGAGGAUAAGGAUAAGGAAGAACCGCCUGAGAGACUUGUGGUUGAUGUAGAUAUACCACUACUUAAGAUUGAGCCAAUGUCCCCAACUAGGAGUAACUCUUAUGAAUCCCUACAGAGUCCAUCACAACUGCCUAUUGUUACCCCAUUCAAGUUGAAAGAUCCAAUAAUUCUUCUCGAAAGAUGUGAUAAAAUUUGGGAAACUCUUAAAUUAAUUAAAAAUGUACAAAGUAAAGGAUCAGAAAAUGUGAUUAAUAAUUCUAUAGAAAAAAUAGAUACGACAAAUUUGACUGAAUCUUCUUUCGAAAAAGAUCCAGAACCAUCAUAUAUUAUAUAUCAACCAGUAUUGGGUAAUAAUAACAGUGCAUUACCAAAUUUCAAAUUUUCAGUUAAAAGCACUAAGAAAUUAUUUCAUUGCAAUGUAUGCGGUAAAGAGUAUAGUGAAAAUCGAUCCCUUAGAUCCCAUUCACAAAAAAUACACGGAAUAUAUAUACCACCUAAACGUAAAUACAAUAAGUCUAAAUACAAAGAGAUCAGCAAUGAAUGUAUAAAUUCUGAUCCUACUGCACAACCUACAAACUGCACAAAAAUAAAUGAAAACGAAUUUCAAACAGAAAAGAAAAAUAAUUUGUUAGAUAAGGAUAUUGUCCAAACAAAAUAUGCAUAUCGUGGAAAAUGUCCUCUCUGUAAACGUACUAUAACAGAUUUGCAUAAGCAUUUAACUGAAUAUCAUAAAAUAGGGUGUCCAAAUCUUGUUAUGAAAGAAUUAGAAAGUAAUGCGCUAGUAUCUCCAAAUAUUAGUCUUCAGGAUUUAACAAAAGCAAUGGUCAAUACAAUGUCAUCAUCUGAGCUUUCAGAUAAUGAGAGUACAAUGAUAUCAGAACAAAUGCUACAAAAAAAGAUAAACUUGAAUGAAAUACCAAAUGUUGAAAAUGCUUCUGAGAAUUUAUAUACAGAAGAAGUUUCCAAAUUCAAAUGUGAAAUAUGCCUUGGGGUAUAUGCCAGUUAUAAUAGUUUUUAUAAACAUAGCCGUAUUCAUAGGAGUCGAGGAGAAACUAAAAAUAAUUUCAAUGUUCUCAAAUGUCGUUACUUAAAUUCUCCAUUAAAUGCCAAACGUACUGAGUUAUUAUUAUCCACAGCUACUUCUAAUCCACAAAAUAAAGAAAAGACUAAAACAUCUUCAUUGGAUUCCAUGGAAGGUGUGAAUUCACAAGAGCAUGAAAACAAUUCUUAUAAUUACAACAAUAGAACAAGAGGAAGUAAAAAAUAUCUUGAUAGAUCAUGUAUUUGUGGAAGAUCAUUUCGCGAAUAUCAUACUUUAGUAUUGCACAAAAAUAGUUGUAAGUUUAAAGAUACUAGUGAAACGGAGUCCUUUAUGGAAGACAAUCCUGACCGAGAUUCUGGAAGUGGUAUUAAUAUUAAAAUAAAGAAGAAAAAUGAUUCUUAUGAAAUAGUUAGCAGAGAUAGUGGCGAUGAAAAUAAAUCUAAGGAUUCUGGCCAUCCUUAUGACUGCGAUACUCCAUCAGAUAUUUCAGAUAUUAUUUUUGAAAAUACUAAUGAAGUAUGUGAAGAAAAUCAUUCUUUGAACGCACUUGAAUCCUCUAAAUAUAGUAAAAAUCAUAGUAUAUUGAAAAUAGAAACGAUUGAUGAAAACAUUGAUGUUGAUAUAGAGGAAGAUUCACGGAAUAUACCACUUAAUGAAAAUGAAAAAAAUGAUCAGAUUAAUGAAAACAUGCAGAUUAGAAAGACACAGGAACAAAAAGGAAAUAUUGAAGUAGUGCCUCCUACAUAUUUAUGUGAGACAAUUAUGACAGAACAAUCAGAAACGACAGAUGAUUUAAAUAUAUUAAAAACGAAACAAAAGUCAAUCGAUGCGGAAAACAGUACAGAUUUAAUCAAAUCUAAGAAAAAGAAAUCAAUUGAGAAAACAAAAACUUCAAAUGUUUUUAAAAAGAAAAAGGAAAAUUUGAUUAAAAUUGAUAAUCAAAAAUCAUUAUCUAAUACAUCAAUGUAUGUAAACACAAUCUGUCCCUGCGGUGAAUCAUUUCAAACUUUGAGAAGCUGCAAUUCACAUAUAGCAAAAUGUCAUCCAUUAUUUCUCAGAUGCGGUUACUGUACAGAAAGAUUUAAUAGUAUUGGCGAAUACAAUAAUCAUAGGUGUAAUGUGAAGGUAGGGAAAAAGUUUAGUGAAUUACAAGCAGAUAUGUCUUGUCCUUUUUGUCAUACUAUCGUAAGAAACAAAAAUGAAUUUGAUCAACACAUUAAAUUUCAACAUUUUGAUCCAGAAUUACCUUAUCAAUGUCAUGAAUGCACACAAAAAUUUCCUAGUAGUACAGGAUGUCAAUUACACUUUCAAAGGGCACAUGGCAAAUGUGUAUGUAACGUGUGUGGUACAAAAUUAACUGCCGCAGCAAAACUUAGACAUGAAGGAUAUCAUUAUGGUCUUGGGUUCCCAUGUCACAUAUGUAAGAAAACUCAUUCAAGUCGAAAACAUUUAAUAAAUCAUUAUGAAAAUAUACAUGGAGAAACUGAUAAGUUAAUGACAUGCAAUAUUUGCUUACAACCAAUAAAGAAAAAGUCAUAUAGUUGGCAUAUUUAUUCUCAUAAAACUGUAACAGCAUGUAAACUAUGUAAGAAGGUCUAUUGUGAUGCAAGAACUUUAGAGCAUCAUGUUAUAUCAUCUCAUCAAGGUAAAUAUCCCUGGAUUAAAUGUAAAUUUUGUACCAGAAAAUUUUGCAAUAAAGAGUUACUAGAAACUCAUAUAAAGAAAGAAAAAUGUAAUCGUUAUCUUCUCGAAGUUCAAAAGAAGUCAAGAAAAAGUUCAAAAGAUCGUACUUUACUGCAUAGUUAGUGUUUUAAGGCAAUGUAUUUUUACAAUCUUAAAUCAAUUUUGUUUCCUUAAUGAGAAUAAAUUAAAAUUAAAGUACAUAUAA